AGUUGAGUUCACACAUUGGAUUUGGAUUUCGCCCACUCCCUUCCGUUGUCUAAUAGAAGCACAAUGCAGAUUAGCUUACGAAUCAGCAGAUUCACCCAGCCAGCGCCAUUUCAAUCACAGAAUAACGCAUGUCUUGAAACCCGCUCCGAAGCCCUUCUCGAACGCCAGAGUAAGGACUACUCAGUUCGAAAAACUUGCCAACCGGCGCCCCUCUGACCUGCGUUUCAAUGUCGCAAUCUCCACACAAGGAGCCGUUCUCUUUCCCAGCGACGCAGCUCCCGUCCGCGACGAGACAGAGGGAAGAAAAACGUACCGUGACGGCUAAUAGGCAGAGUCUGGGGAACUCUAGUUGUAGCGCGUCGCCCAGUAAUGAGUUAUUGAGUAGCUUCAGCGGCGUCGCUGUGGCUGCGGAAAUCAAUGGCGAGGCCCAGGCCUCUCCGAAUAGCCAUCAUGCUGCGGCAUAUCCCGCCGCGAACUGCUCUGGCGUUGGCAACGCUCCACUGCAAACGGGCCGUUACCGUUCCGAGUCGGAACACAGUGGCAGUGGCAAUGAGUCAAUCCGCUGCUUCCCAGCUAAUGCUGCAGGGCUCGGCGCGGCUUACAGACGGACUCCGUCAGGCGCUUGUGCUUGAGGCGAUGCGACGUCGCGCGUUUAACGCUUUCAGUCACGUCGAUUUUGAUCACGGCGCUCUCAAUCGCGACGCUGUUGACAAUGGCGCGGCCCUUGCCCUUGCCUCGAUUGUUUCGAGAGGUAAUACUGCUAGCAAUAGCCAGGCCCACUCCCGCGCGUCACUGCCUAACGCCGCGCUAGCAGUCAGAGAGGCUAGCGCUAUCGACGCCGCAACCGCCGCCGCAACCGCCGCCGCAUCAGCCGCGACGGGUCGGCUUGACCAACUGAACCGUCUUCCGCGGAGGCAUAGUUUCCAGGACGGCGACUUCCGUCAUUCCCCCCAGCAACCGCUGCAUCUCCCGCCGCAACAACGGCUGCAUCCAGCACAAGAAAACGCGGCGUCGCCACUGACACGGCAUCACGCCGCGGCUUUGACUCCGUAUUCUGCUCAAAUGGCGGAAAUGACGUCCAUCGUACCAGCAUCAUUCUUCCCGCAACUUACCCCAUCGCCGGCACCUCCCGUCACUGCGACUACUACCGACGGCGUCUUCACUGCUGGUGCGGCUGCUACCAUUGCUGCUAUGGCUCUCGCGGAGGCAGCCAUCCCAAGUCACACCCCAGCCACAGCUUUGCGAGACUCCCAGCGUCCUACGCCAGCAACCGUCCUUGCUACCGGCGCCGUCACAGGUGCAGCGACAGACAUCUCGCUGGUGUCACCACUCGCACUGCGGCAAACUCCCUUCAGCGCCGGCAAUGCCUACGCGUCCAUAUCGCCAACCCAACAAACCACCACCCGCUUUUCGCCACCGCACCCACGCCCAUCCUCGUUAUUGCUCGCCCCGCGUUCGCCCGACGCAGCCUCCGCAUCAAUGUCCCAAUCCAGCCGCCCAUCUCUCUCUCCCGCCAGCAGCGUCAGCACGGCCAGCACCGGAUUCCCCGCCGUGAUCGGCGCUGCCCUAAGUCCGUCUCCUGCGUACCCCGGCGAGUCGGACUCACUCGAGCUUCGAGUGGCGCGAGGGACGGAUGUCACUGAAAGCGCCAUGUGGCGGCUGUGUGCCGAGGAGGUGGAGCAGCUGAAAGCGCUGCUGCUUGACGACGCCGAUUGCGGGGCGCAAGGGGCGCAAGGGGCGCAAGGGGCGCAAGGGGCGCAAGGGGCGCCGCCCGAGCGGCUGGGGCAGCGCGCCGACGAGCAGCCUGCUGACAAGAAGCGAGGAGCGCUGGGGCAGCGCGCCGAGCAUGGUGGCACGAGAGGGUUGUUUCCUGGCAACGGUGGGCCGCAUGACCCCGCUGCGACUUGGCUAGUACCAGCUAUCCCGCACCACCAGCAGCAGCAGCAACAACAGCGGCAAAGGCCGUCUCAGCAGGACGACCCCUAUCGACAGUACUUGCUAGCUGAAAUCCGCAAAGCACGCGCGGCCAGGCUCUCUCGCGACACCACCGCAGCUUGUAUCCCAGCACCCAAAACCCAGGACCGCCCUGCUGCUGCCCACGACGAGCCAAAUGUCCCAGUCACUGCUCCCCGAAAGACGUUCUUUCCCGCAGCAAGCGCGGCAGCAGCGGCGGCAGCGGUGGCGGCGGCGGCAACGAGCCUACAAGUUGACGCGAGCUUACCCACACACAGAACGGCGAAUAUAUAUCCUGGGACUACGGCCCUUGAAAUCGCGGGUACUACAUUGGGCACUACACGAGACGCCGUGUCCUCCGACACUGGAGGCGAGCGGAGCAUGGCGCAGUCGACGGUGAUGCUCACGCCCCUAGGGAUCCUCGCGCUGUCGCCGCAAACAGACCCGACCAGCUGCAACCCCACUGAGUCCGCCGGUCCGGAGUCCCCUUGGGAGAACACCGGGGUGGUAGUUAGCGAGCAGGCGGAGGCAGCGCGGGAAGCGGAGGAGCAGGAGCUGCGGGACAUCUGCAGCAUGCUGUUCGCGGCGGGCGCGCGGGAAGCGGACUCGCUCUUGCAGGGUGCGCUCGCAGGGGGGGCUCACGAGACGGCCGUAGCUGCCAGCGGUCGUGGCUGGGAAGUCCCGGGAGCUCAGUCAGGGGAAGCACGCCCGCAGCAGCACGCAAUGCCUCAGCAUCCAUUGCCGCCGCACGCAUCACCGCAGCACGGAUUCGCUCAGGAUAUAGCAGUGGCAACGCAGGAGGCGGCGAGGUGGGUAAAUGGCAACGAGCCCCUCGCCGCUCAGCCGCGGACGCCCGCCAGCGCUGCCACUACCAAGUCCCCACCGGGAACCUUCAAGCAGCCGCAGCCUCGGGCGCCGAAGGCGGAGGCCCUCUGCGGCAGUGGCAUGGUGGUAACGGUGCGCUGGACUUCCGAGCAGCUCCAAGGUGAUAAUCUCCAGCACACCAUGGCGCAGCUCCGAACCCUCUAUGCCGGGUCUUCGUCAUCGUCACAAGUUGGGCCAGCAGCAGCAGCAGCAGCACCAGCAGCAGCAGCAGGAAUACUACCAGGUGUUCAGCUCAACGUCAGCUCUGCUGUCGGAACUGCUUGUAUCGGAGCCAGUGGGGGCAACACUGCAGCACUGCUACCUGCGUUCAGGAUCCCGGCAGACGCAGCACUCGCUCCCACCAUGGUCGACCGGGCAGGAAGCUUAUCGAGCCCGCUGCAGUCGGCAGUAGCCCUUACUAGUAUGUCUAGCAGGCUCUCGGGUGAAACGAACCUACGAUAUCCUGACCCAUUACGAGGCUUCGGCGGGGAUUUUAGCGAGACUGGGGCGUGGCCGGAGCUCUUGGCGGGACAACUGCCGGUUUGGAAGCCUGCGAAUGUUGCUACAGCUCGCGUGAAAGUCGACGGCUUUCCUGGAUUUUUCCCGCGACCGGCCGCGCCGUGGGAUGGGCUGCGAUGUCUGGUGUGCGGCGCGGAGCUAAGCGAGCAGAACACGACAGGGGCUAGAGGGUUACCGGAACACGUGGGGCCUCAGGGCUCGGGGGGGGCGACGAUCGGACUGCGAGUGCACGGGUGCAACGAGUGCCUUCCGCUGCUCGUUCCGAGGUAUUACAGGAGCGUAGAGCGGGAGAAGGCGCGGAACUCACCGAGUGGAGUUGCUCCUGCCGGUGGCUUGGGAGGAAGGCAAGAGCGCGGAAGGGGGGCAGGAGGAGAUGCGGAUAGAGGAGGAGAUGCGGAUAGAGGCGCUGGGAAACCUACAGGUUCAGGUGCUCUUGGUGGUGAAACGCGGGAGGAUAUGGAGCAGGUGGGUGUGGGAGUUGGAGGGGGGAAUGUUAUGUGGGAGAUAGCCAGGGAGCGAGUGAAUGUGGAAUUUGCAAGGAACGUGGAGCACGAGGGGAGGGUCAUUUCGCCUCAUCGUGACAAAUUACGCGUUGCUGAAGGAGACGUGCAUGCGACUCGGAAUGCCCCAGCGCUUAGCGAACCAGGAUGCGAAAGCGAGCUGCGCUCUUCGCGGUCGUCGUCUGCGAAUGGGCUUCGUCGUUCGCGCAAAUUCGCCCGAUGCCGUGAGUUCGCAUGACGCUGAGGAAGUAGCUCAGGCGGAUUUGAAACGAAAGCGCACCUAGUUGCGAAAGAUCUGACGACGAUGUAGCGACAAACGUGCAAACUGUAACAGCUGCGGCUGAAUUUGAAUAUUUGAACAUACAGGUU